AUGUCAAUAAAAGUUCAAGAUCGUGCAGAAGGUAAAUUGGACCAAAGCUUCGGGGAAGAAGAUAUUGAUGUGGAAGAGUUUGGGGAUAACACCAAGGAUGAGCAAAUUUCUAAUGAAAGUGUUGGCCGUAAAAGAAAGGUAAGUUAGUUUUUUAAUUUUUAGUUUUUAGGUGUUGUGUACGAAGACUUUUGCCUUGAGGAAUAUGAUGUUAUGUCAUGGUGCAUGUAAAUGACGUUUUUAGUGUGACAAACGUUAUCAAUAUCUGUAAAAGUUUACGAACAGCAAGAUUAUGCAUAUAUUAUUUUACAGACAAGAUCAACAGCCAAAACUCGACGUUUAAUAGCCACGUUCAGCUCUCAUGAAGCAUUUUCCGAAGCCUGGGAAGGUAUGAAGCGAGGAUUUCACCGUAAUUCGAAAAAUUCGUCUGGAAAUGCAACCAAUAUCUAUUACAUCUGUUCGAAAAAGAAUUGUGAAGUUAGAAGGACCGUAGUUAUAGGCACUGAACAGGUUUUGGUCUUUGAAUCUGAUGAUCAACAUGUUAAUCAUGAUAGGAAAGCAGAGUUUGAAGCGAAUUAUAUUCUUGGUGAGGAAUAUACGGGUAGUUCAAAUGUUGAAAAUGGGUCUAGAGUCGUUGAAGGUCAUGGAGUUGUUAAUGUAAGUUGUUUUGAGGGUUGAAACGCUGAGUAAUAUAGAAAAAUCUUGGUUUUCUAUUAGAUUUUUAUGUUAAAAUACGGUUUUUGAAGCCAAUUUAUAAAAUAAUAUAUUUAAACCUGGUAAUACACUUUUUUACAGUAUUUAUUGUUUUAGGAAGAAGUUGCAGUUAAUAUUGAGGACGAUACAUCUUAUAGACCUUAUGAAAUUGAUGAAAGAUUUGUGUUGCCUGAUGCCAAUAUGAUGUUACAGCUGCUGAGUAGCUCUCAAGAGGCUGGUACGAGUUUUCAGUCGCAAGGAAGUAACAGUAGUUCUAAAAAGGUAUGUUUGGUUACCUAAAGAGGAAUUUCAUAACAUAUUUUUUAUAAGUUUAGGCCUUUGUCUAUUAUAAUAUACAAGUUACUGUUAUCUGGUUCUAUUUUAUUCCAGACUCGCGUACGCAUUCCAACUCAUCUACUUCAUGAAUUCAACUCCAAAGCCGAGUUCGAAGAAGCCUGGCAAAGCCUAAGGAAUGGAUUUUCUUUAAAUUCUUCAAGCAAAGGCGCUGAUGGUAUACAACGAACCUAUUUCGUAUGUUCCAAGAAAGGAUGUAAAGUCAGGCGGACUGUGGAGAAUUUUCAAGAUACUAUACGGGUUGUAGAAACUUCAAUAGAACAUUCACAUGAGGUCGAUAAUGAGAGUGGCAAUGGAUUGAAUGCUGAACUGAAGAAGAAUAUUGUUGCUCUACAUGAACAAAAGUUUCAGCCACAGAAGAUAUUGCUGAUAUUGGAGGUGAGAGGGGGUGGAAAAAGGUGGAGAAUUUAGUGAUGAUUGAUAUAUGUUAAACAAAUUAUACUUUACUUUUUAAAAACGUGGUAAAAAAUGAAAGAAAAUUUAUAUUUUUAGAAUUACUAUCAAAAUGGAAUGUUGAAAACCAAGCCUCCAGCCAAAACCCGCGUCAUUUCCGACUUUAUCUACCGGCUCCAGAAGCGAAACGCCAAGAAUAAGUCUGCCUGA